GAUCUUUUUUCAUUAAAGUUGGGACGUGCUAAUCCCCUUUAUAGUUAGUUAUUUAUUGCUUUCCCUUGUUGAGAGUUAGUUGAACUUUUAAAAACAGGGAAACAAACAAACAUGGCGGACCAAGGCGACGACGGCAAGGGCAUCGUCUUGGAAUGCAACGAGGGCCCAGCUUGGUGGUUUCACACAAUCGCAUCAAAAAAUGACGACAUCAUCAAGACGGAGGAUCCGAAACGCCUGGCAGAGUUGCUGGGGGUGGCCCUGACCACAGAAGAAGAAACAUCGCUCGAUGCCAUGAUGAUCCAGGCACUCAACAAGGUGGUGGAAACCAAAAAAGACAACUGGUGUAAGGUUUUGUGGGACUGCGAAAAAGGUGAUGAACGACUCACAGCAGCCGCAAUGGAGGCCACGGCGCUAUACUAUGUUGUCGACUGGCUCAAGCGUAACGAAUCCUUGAAGAACCUUGAUGAGAAAGCUACGUGUCUACAGCAAAUCUUGGACUCUUUGGUGCCUAGUGUGCUGCAUGGUAUUCUAGACCCGGAUGCAGCCACAAGAGCUACCUAUUCAGGCGCAAGUUUGUUGGAAGUGAACAUUGGUAAAAUGGAAGAAAGCAGCUUCCCUGCAGCCAUCAUUCUCACGGGAAUAAGAAAGAGUGCCACAUCGGAUGAUAUCAUUAACGCGCUCGAGGAAUUCGGAGUGAUAAACGAGGUUGGUGUCGCCCUGAAAGGAUAUGGAUUCGGAAUGGUGCGAUUCACGACCAAGGACGGUGUAAAUAAGGUGUGGGAAGAGUAUGUUUGCAGCGAAGUCGUGGUGCAGGACGUCGCUGCCAAUGUGAGAAAGGUGUCUCUUCCAGCGUGGCAGGAGCCUCUUUGGUACAGUUGAGUUGCCCUUGAGUGCUCUGCCUGCUUGGCAGCCUUCGUCGUUGCAGUGUCAACCUCAAUGGAGCAACGGGUAUGAUUAUUAUCAUUGC